AUGGCGGCGGCGGCAGCAGACCGGGCGAGCGUGGCCGCGAUUCCCGUGCCGGGCGCCCACAGCCACGGCGGGCCGCCUGCAGGCGAAGGCGAGGGAGCGGCGGGCAAUGAGAGGGACGCGGGGACGAAAGGAGUGGAGGCUGUGGGGGACAGCGAGGAGGACGGGGAGGAUGUGUUCGAGGUGGAGAGGAUCCUGGACAUGAAGACCGAGGGGGGUAAAAUCCUUUACAAAGUUCGGUGGAAAGGAUACACAUCAGAUGAUGAUACCUGGGAGCCUGAAGUUCAUCUCGAGGACUGUAAAGAGGUUCUUCUUGAAUUUAGGAAGAAAGUUGUGGAUAACAAAGCUAAACCAGUCAAGAAAGACAUUCAGAGACUGUCUUUAAAUAAUGACAUAUUUGAGGCAAACUCUGAUAGUGAUCAGCAAAGUGAGACAAAAGAAGAUACUUCUCCAAAAAAGAAAAAGAAAAAAGUAAGGCAGAGAGAAGAGAAAAGCCCAGAUGAUCUGAAGAAGAAAAAAGCAAAGACUGGAAAACAGAAAGAGAAAUCCAAACCAGAAUGGGAGAGCUCUGAAAUUUCCGCUUUUGAUUUGAGGACAAAGAAAAGAAUUUCAGAAGCCAAAGAAGAAUUAAAGGAAUCCAAAAAGCCCAAAAAAGAUGAUAUAAAAGAAACUAAGGAAUUAAAGAAAGUUAAAAAGGGUGAAAUAAAAGAUUUAAAGAGUAAAAUAAAAGAAGAUUCCAAAGAAAACAGAAAAACAAAAAAAGAGAAAUGUGUUGAAUCUCACUUUGAAUCUGAAUCAGGUCUACUUGAUGAUCCCCCCUUUCAUGAGGGGGACAGUGAAGAUUUAGAGUCUGAAAACCGAGAAGAGAAACUGAAGAUUAAAAGUGGAAAAGAAAAGGCAGGGCCAGACACAGGUCAUGAUGCUGUUCUAGAUAAAAACCUGGACAGCUCCGGAAGUGCUGAUGAGGGUGCUGACGUCCGAGGGAAGAGGAACAGAAAGAAACCCAGGAAGGCUGAGGAACUCAGAGAGAGCAGAAAGCUAGAAAGUAAGAACCUGUCUUUAGAGAAGAAGAAUGCACACAAGAAGCAAAGGAAUCAAGACAAAAGCAGAAGUACCACAGAGUCAGAUAAUCUGACAUCUGCACCUGCCCAGACCCAAAAGAGCUCAAGGAUGGGUGGGGAAGAGAGGGGCCUCCGGUCCACUGACUCAGCUGGAGAAGAAAAAGAGUCCAAAAAAAAUGAACUCAAAGAAAAAUACCCAAAAAGGCUUGAUUUGGACAAGGAAGAAAAAGGCCGAAAAGAGCCAAAGGGAUUCAAGACAUUUAAGGAAAUCAGAAAUGCAUUUGAUUUAUUUAAGUUAACUCCAGAAGAAAAAAAUGAUUUUCCUGAAAAUAAUCAGAAAAGAGAAGAAAUACCACUGGAUUGUAAUUUUACAGAAGAUCACAAAGCCAAGGAAAACAAGCAGGCCUUUAGAGAGAGGAGAGACACGAGAGCCGAGGCCGACACGUGGGCACUCAUAGCUGCGGAAGGCGAUCAGGACGCGCUGGACAGCGUGUGCCACGCCGACGAGAACUCCGACGGCAGACAGCAGAUUUUGAGUCUGGGCAUGGACCUGCAGCUGGAGUGGAUGAAACUAGAAGAUUUUCAAAAGCAUCUUGAUGGGGAAGAUGAGAACUUCUCUGCAACAAAUGCCAUUCCCAGUAAUUUAUUAAGGGAUGCUGUGAAAAAUGGGGAUUAUAUUACUGUGAAGGUUGCACUUAAUUCAAAUGAAGAAUAUAACCUGGACCAAGAGGAUUCGAGCGGGAUGACACUGGUGAUGCUGGCUGCGGCAGGAGGGCAGGACGACCUGCUGAGGCUCCUCAUCAGAAAAGGAGCCAGGGUGAAUGGCAGACAGAAGAAUGGGACCACCGCCCUCAUUCACGCCGCUGAGAAGAACUUUUUAACUACAGUGGCUAUUCUUUUGGAAGCGGGAGCUUUUGUGAAUGUCCAGCAGAGCAAUGGCGAGACCGCUUUAAUGAAGGCUUGUAAAAGGGGAAAUUCGGAUAUUGUACGACUUGUAAUUGAAUGUGGAGCAGACUGUAAUAUUUUGUCAAAGCACCAAAAUAGUGCAAUGCAUUUUGCAAAGCAGUGUAACAAUGUGUUGGUGUACGACUUGCUGAAGAAUCAUUUAGACACACUAUCAAGAGUAGCAGAAGAAACCAUAAAGGAUUACUUUGAAGCACGCCUUGUUCUUCUAGAGCCAGUUUUUCCAAUAGCAUGUCAUCGUCUCUGUGAGGGGCCAGAUUUUUCAAUGGAUUUCAAUUAUAAACCUCCACAGAACAUACCAGAAGGCUCUGGCAUCCUGCUGUUCAUCUUCCAUGCAAACUUCUUGGGUAAAGAUGUUAUUGCUCGACUAUGUGGACCUUGUAGUGUACAGGCUGUAAUUUUAAAUGAUAAAUUUCAACUUCCUGUUUUUCUGGAUAGUCAUUUCGUUUACUCGUUCAGUCCUGUUGCAGGACUCAAUAAACUCUUCAUAAGGUUGACAGAAGCACCCUCUGCUAAGGUGAAGUUGCUAAUAGGUGCAUACAGAGUGCAGCUACAAUGACCAAACAAAGAACUGGGAUGGACUGGCUUUCAGACCUAUUUUUAAAUACUCUCUUCCAAGCAGUUUGGGAUUCUGGCACAGCUAACACUUACAAGCUUCAAGUUUCAUCUGUAAACUUCAUGCAGUUUAAGGCCUACCAUCUGUUACAGUCUCUAAUGUGGGACAUGGUAUUCUAAUAUAUUAUAAAAUACAGAACUGUAAGUAUUUGUGCCAGUGUUCUGAAGUUGGUAUUGUGUCCAAACUGCAUACUUCAGUUUUCCACAAUGUGGAAUGG